AUGAAUAACUCAACAGAUUACUGGAUUGAAGAUGAGGAGGAUGAUCUCAACCCUUUUAUAGAUUACAAUAGCUAUGAGCUUCUCUGUGAAAAAGGCGAUGUAAGAAAUUUCAGGAAAUUAUUCCUCCCAGUGUUCUAUGCACUCGCUUUCACGGUUGGAGUGGCUGGAAACUCAUUAGUGGUUGCAAUUUACGCCUACUGCAAGAAACCCAAGACCAAGACAGACGUGUACAUCAUGCACCUUGCCAUCGCUGACCUGCUCCUGCUCUUCACCCUCCCUUUUUGGGCUGCAAAUGCAGUGCAGGGAUGGGAACUUGGAAACAUGAUGUGCAAGCUCACUUCUUCUCUGUACACCAUGAAUUUCAGCUCCAGCAUGCUGUUCCUGGCCUGUAUCAGCGUGGAUAGGUACAGGGCCACUUCUGACUCCCAGGGCCACAGAAGAGUUGGCAAACACUGCAGUAUCACCUGCAUCUGUGUCUGGCUGGCUGCCACCUUCCUCAGUAUCCCAGAGCUGAUAUUUAAUCAAGUCAAGAAACACAAUGAGAGGAACGAAUGCCUUCCCGUAUUUCCGAUGAACAUGGAAACACUCUUAAAAUCAACCAUUCAAAUCCUGGAAAUUAUCCUGGAAUUUCUGCUUCCUUUCCUAGUAAUGCUGAUCUGCUAUUCUGCUACUGCUCGGGCAAUCUUUAGGUCUGCAAAUGUUAAGAAGUCCAGGCCUUUCAAGGUUCUGCUGGCAGUAGUGGCUACUUUCAUUGUCACCCAGCUACCCUACAACAUCGUGAAGCUGUGGCGAGCCAUAGACAUCAUCUACAUGUUGGUUACAGACUGCCACACCAGUAAAACCAUAGAUGUGGCACUCCAGGUCACCAAGAGCAUUGCUUUGUCCCAUGCCUGCCUCAACCCUCUCCUCUACGCCUUCCUGGGCGCCUCUUUCAAAAUGCACAUCAUGAAAAUCGCAAAAAAUUAUGGGUACUGGAGGAGACAACAGCAGAAUGGAAGACCUGAAGAAAUUUCUAUGAAUUAUGAAGACCCUACUGAAGAAACAAUCAGUUUCACUAUAUAG